UUCGCAUUCCCACGUAUAUAAUCCCCCUUCUUAAUCUUUCUCUCUUCCCCCAACCAAAGCUCAACCCCUUCCGUGGGUAGGCGCCUGUCUGUCACUCACAGACCACCACUCUUCCCCCUCCCCUAGGUUUCCUCGCCGAUCCAUCUCCGUGUUCUUCUCCGUCACCGUCACUGUCACCGGCGACAUUCCUGUAAAAUUUCAACUCUACCCUCACAUUCUCUCUCUAUUAUCCACAGUAAGUCUCGCCCCUCUUUCUCUCUCUCUCUCUCUCUCUCUCUCUCUCUCUCUCUCUCUCUCUCACCUAUAUAUGUACACACAUAAAUACGUAGAUAUAGAAUUAUAUAUGCACGUGAAUCGGAUUGCUGUAAACUCAAUUUGAUGGGGCAUAAGAAGCGAAACGUCGCUCCACGCUCCAAGCAAUCGCCGGCGGGUCAACCAGGCGAGGCCGGAGCAGAAAAUGGUCCCAGUUUAUUCGAAGCGGACCCGUUACAGAAUCCAAAUACGAAUAACGCCAAGAACCAGGCGAAGAUCGAGCCAUUGGCGGAAUCGGACGAUUCGUCUUACACCGCCGUGAAGCUCGAAUGCGAGAAAUCCCUAAUGGCGCUGCGGCGCGGGAACCACACAAAGGCGCUGCGGCUGAUGAAGGAGUCGUGCGUGAGGCACGAGGGCUCGACGCACGCGGCGCUGGUGCACCGGGUCCAGGGCACGGUGUGCGUCAAGGUGGCCUCCAUUAUCGACGACCAGACCGCGAAGCAGCGGCACUUGAAGAACGCCGUCGAGUCGGCGCGGAGGGCCGUCGAGCUGUCGCCGAACUCGAUCGAGUUCGCGCACUUCUACUCGAACCUGCUCUACGAGGCGGCGAGCGACGGAAAGGAGUACGAGGAGGUGGUGCAGGAGUGCGAGCGCGCGCUGGCGAUCGAGAGCCCGGUCGAUCCCGCGAAGGAGAGCCUGCAAGAGGAGAGCCAGCAGAGGAUAUCGACGCCGGAGGCUAGAAUCGGGCACGUGCAGAACGAACUGAGGCAGCUGAUUCAGAAGUCGAACAUCGCGUCGUUGUCGACUUGGAUGAAGAACUUGGGGGGUAGUGGGGAGGAGAAGUUCCGGUUGAUUCCGAUUCGGAGGGUCACGGAGGACCCGAUGGAGGUGAGGUUGGUGCAAGCGAGGAGGCCGAAUGAGAUCAAGAAGGCGACCAAGACGCCCGAGGAGAGGAGGAAGGAGAUUGAAGUGAGAGUUGCUGCGGCGAGGCUGUUGCAGCAACACAAGUCGGAGUCGGGGUCGCCCCAGUCGCAGAAUGGGGCGGGAUUGGAUUCGUCUUCCGGGUCGAAAGUAGGGGAGCAGCGGCGAGGGAAGCAUGGGAAUGUGAGGAAGAAUGGGUCGAGGGCGGAGAGGAGGGAUUGGGCUUGGUCGUAUUGGAAUUCUAUGAGUGUUGGUAUGAAGAAGGAGUUGCUUAGGAUUAGGGUUUGUGAUCUCAAGGCGCAUUUUGGUUCGGCCAAGGAUGGUUUGGCGAAUGAGGUUUUGUCGGAGGCAUUAUCGUUUGCUGAGGCCAAUAAGACGUGCAAGUUCUGGCUUUGCUGCCGGUGUAAUGACAAGUUUGCGGAUUCGGAAUCUCAUAUGCAGCAUGUUGUGCAAGAGCACAUGGGAAACCUUUUACCCAAAUUGCAGUCGGUUUUGCCUCAAAAUGUUGAUAAUGAAUGGAUCGAGAUGCUUCUUAACUGCCCUUGGAAGCCGCUGGACGUCCCAGCUGCUGUUAGGAUGCUUGCAAAUCAAAGAAGAAAAAGCAUCAAGGAUUCUGAGUUUGGAGAGGAUUUCUUUUCAGGGAAUCAUACGGAGGAGUGUGAGGGCUCCUUCAAGGAUGCAUGGGAUUCUUCUUCUUCUUCCCCUGAGAAGGUAAAUUUCACGGAUGGUUGCAAUAAUGUUGCUAUGAAGAGCAACGAUAACAACAACAGCUAUGAUAAAGUUGCCAAUAUUGAGUGUGGUGAAUGUGAUGAGGAGCAUGGCGCGAUGACAUAUUCCGUUGCUGAUAGCUGGCCAAUAUCUGAUGAUGAUGAGCGUGCAAAGCUUCUCGAAAGAAUUCAUGCUGUAUUUGAGGUGCUUAUUAGACACAAGUAUCUUGCUGCAAGUCAUCUUAACAAGGUGAUACAAUUUACGAUGGAUGAGCUGCAGGGUCUUGCUUCUGGUUCCCAGCUUCUGAACCUUGGUGUGGAUCAAACACCUAUAUGUAUCUGCUUUUUGGAUGCAACCCAGCUCAGGAAAAUCCUUAAAUUCUUGCAGGAACUAUCUCAAUCUUGUGGCCUAGGUAGAUAUUCAGAGAAAAGUAGUAGUUCCACGGAUGAUACAAACAGUGAAACUCAAGCUCACGAGAUUAACGAGAAUAUUGUUCUUAAUGGAGAUGGAUCAUGUCUCCUUCUGGAUGAAUCUUUACUACCAAUUGAAUGUGCUCCUGCAACAGGUCAUGGUGCUGCCAUUGAUAAUUCGGCUGCUGCUGGCACUGCAAAUGGGGUUCUACCUGAUACCGAUGCUAUGCUAUCCUGGAUAUUUGCAGGUCCCACAAGUGGGGAACAGUUGGGUUUUUGGAUGCGUACAAAAGAAGAUAAAACACAACAAGGAAUGGAAAUUCUACAGAUGCUUGAGAAGGAGUUCUACCACCUACAGAAUCUUUGUGAGAGAAAAUGUGAGAGUUUAAGCUAUGAGGAAGCAUUGCAGACAGUGGAGGAUCUGUGUCUUGAAGAAGGUAAGAAGCGGGAGAGUGUAAAAGAGUUUGUACACAGAAGCUAUCAAUCUGUCCUGAGGAAGCGGGGAGAAGAGCUCCUUGAGAGUGAGAAUGAUGUGAUGUUCCCCGGCAGUAGGUUUGAGCAAAAUGCUAUCUCAAAUGUUUUAAAAGAAGCAGAAAGUCUAAAUGUUAAUCCAUUUGGGUAUGAGGAAACUUAUGGUGGUGUGACUUCUCAGUUAUGUGACUUGGAAUCUGGUGAAGAUGAUGAUUGGAGAGCAAAGGACUAUUUGCAUCGAGAGGACACUUGUAUAGAAGUUGCAAUUCAGAGACAGAAAGAACAGUUGUCCAUAGAGCUCAGCAAAAUUGAUGCACGAAUCAUGCGAAAUGUUUCCGAGAUGCAGCAGUUGGAACUCAAGCUUGAGCCUGUGUCCGCCCAUGAUUAUCGGUCAAUAUUAUUGCCUCUAGUGAAAUCAUACCUGAGGGCACAUUUGGAGGAUUUGGCUGAGAAAGAUGCCACAGAGAAGUCUGAUGCUGCAAGAGAAGCGUUUUUAGCAGAGCUUGCACUCGAUUCUAAGAAGGGUGUUAGAGGAGGAAGCGAUAAUUCCAGGCAUGUACAGGAGAAGACAAAGGAUAAGAAAAAGAACAAGGAGUACAGGAAAACCAAAGAUUCAAAGACUACCGGUGGUCUCGAGCUGCAAAUGCUUCAUCCUGAGACUGCUGAGUCAGUUUCCUUUCCAGUUGCAUCUGAUGGUCAUCAUCAAGAUUCUGAGAUUGUUGUUUCUGAGAAUGGUCAUUACUUGAUACCACGGGAUGAGGAAUUUAGACUUAAAUUUGAGCUUGAAGAGGAGGAAAGAAAGCUUGAAGAAACCUUGGAGUAUCAAAGAAAAAUUGAGAAUGAGGCGAAACAAAAGCACCUUGCUGAGCAACAUAAGAAAUCUACUCGAACAUGUACAGAGAAGGUGGCAGAAGGAUUGAAUGAUUUUUACUUGGUGCCUGGUGUAGAUGAUCAAGAUGUUCAUGAGCAGUUGAAACCUUGUAUGCAGGAUCACUUGGCACAGAAAGAUGGACUCCUUAACAAUCUAGAGGAUAUGCUUCCGAAUGGGUCCCCUGUGCCAAUAAGAUCUUUUACUGUUUCUGGUACCAAAAAGAUUAAUAGUACGCAUCACACAACAGCUAAACAAGUCCUAGCUAAUGGAGGAAUUUCGGAAGAUGGUCUUUUGGCAUCUGAUCGACGGACAGGAAGGAAAGGUAAACGACAGAAUAGGUCCUCCAAAGUGCUCGAUGGAAAGUCUCAAGCCAUGUCAUCUGAAAAGGAGAAUACUGAUACUGAGGGUCACUUACAAGAGCAAGAUAGAUUUCAUGACUCUCUCCUUGCAGAUAGUGUUGGCCCCUUACUGGUAGACAAUGGAACAAAGACAUUGAGACAAUUGCAAGUAGAGGAUGAAGAGGAGGAAAGAUUUCGAGCUGAACUUCAAAAAGCCUAUAGCCAAAGCCUUGACACAUAUCAUGCUCAAGCGCAUAAGAAAUUGCCCUUUGUCUCAACUGCAAGGACACAACAUACGAUUUCUCCAGAAGCAGAUAAGUUUGAUGUUUCACCAAAUGGAGGCGUGGUGGAUAAUGUGAAUGGUGCAGAUGUCUUUGGUACAGGACUGCAGAAUGAAGUGGGCGAGUACAAUUGCUUUCUGAAUGUUAUAAUACAGUCCUUAUGGCAUUUAAGACGGUUUCAAGAUGAUUUUUUGAGGAGAUCAACAUCAGUGCAUGUUCAUGUGGGUGAUCCUUGUGUCGUUUGUGCAUUAUAUGAAAUAUUUACGGCCCUGAGCAUUGCAUCUACCGAUACUCGAAAAGUAGCAGUGGCCCCUACUUCUUUGAGAAUCGCUCUAAGCAACCUGUAUCCAGAUAGUAAUUUCUUCCAAGAGGCUCAAAUGAAUGAUGCUUCUGAAGUACUUGCAGUUAUAUUUGACUGCCUUCACCGAUCAUUUAUUACUGGUUCGACUGUUUCUGAUACUGAAUCAGUGGAAAGCAAUUGCAUGGGGUCUUGGGAUUGUGCAAACAAUUCUUGUAUAGUGCAUUCGCAUUUUGGACUGGACAUUUAUGAACGAAUGAAUUGCUACAGUUGUGGUCUGGAGUCGAGACAUUUAAAAUAUACUUCUUUCUUUCACAAUAUAAAUGCCAGUGCCCUCCGAACCAUGAAGGUUAUGAGUCCAGAAAGUUCUUUUGAUCAGCUUUUAAAUCACGUAGAGAGGAGUCAUCAGUUAGCAUGUGAUCCAGAUGCUGGUGGGUGUGGGGGGCUCAACUACAUACAUCACAUUCUGUCAACUCCACCACAUGUUUUCACCACAGUUCUAGGUUGGCAGAAUACAUGUGAGAGUGUUGAUGACAUAACAGCAACACUGGCAACCCUAAGUACUGAGAUAGAUAUCAGUGUCCUUUAUCGUGGGUUAGAUCCAAAGAGCAAGCAUAGCUUGGUUUCAGUGGUUUGCUAUUACGGGCAACAUUACCAUUGCUUUGCCUAUAGUCAUGAACUUGAACGGUGGAUUAUGUAUGAUGAUCAAACUGUCAAGGUAAUUGGUGGUUGGACUGAUGUUCUUACCAUGUGCGAAAGAGGGCACUUGCAACCUCAGGUUCUUUUCUUUGAAGCAGUAAACUAGUUUUCCUGUUGGAACUUGUCACAUCUUUUGCUGCAUUAGAGAGCAUUGAGUUUGAGUUGGCCUAGCUUUCAACUGCUGUCUAUGGUCUAUGAUGAGGCGCUGUUGAUAUUGAUGCAUUUGCUGCGUACACCAGUGCAGUGCAGACAGUGAAACCUGCAACAUUUGGGUAUAGGAAAUGUUAAGAAGUUUUGAUAUAAAAUCGAGUUGUGACAUUAAAUCAAGAGUUACUGUGAAAUCAGGAGUUUUGUAGCAAUUGGUUCUAGCAGGGAAAGAUGAUGUAUAAAUGAGGUUUUUGUUUCAACUUAACGACAACAGAUGAUCGAAGAGUCCGAAGUGUAGAUUUUGGUUCUCUUGCUUCAGAAUACUGUUUCGGCAUAAUAGGAGAUAUCCCACCCCUGGAGUUUUUAUUUCACUCCUUGGAUCUUUUUAAUAAGAUGGUUUUGGUUGGGAGAAAUAGCAAGUAUUGUUAUAAAGGUUGCAUGGCCAUUUAUGCACCGGAGGAGCAUGUCAUGCUUAUUUUUACCGUGGAAAUGAGUGCCAGUGGCAUUUUUUACUGGGAAGCAUAUAUAGGCAGUUGUAAUGGGGUAUAUUUAGUUAACUAGAUUCGAAAUCUCUUCCAAAUGUUUUGAAAUAUUUUCCCCCGGUUUAAAGAGUUCCUGUAUAGAUCAUAUCGUGGCGGUGUGAACCUUCAUACUGCAGCUUACACAAGAUUGUUACCUCAUCCUGAUGCCCAUGGGAUUAGAUUAAAAAUUGGAAAACUGGUUGCUCUUUCUGCGGCUUCUGAUUAUUUAUGCCAUUUACUGGAUGAUUUUUGCUUCUCUUUAAUCAUAUCUAUGGAGGAGUAUGGGGCAUCCAGGAUUUGUGCUGCACCUGAAACCAAUGUAUAUACAGUGUAUUUUUUUUAACUAUUUAUUAAUUAAUAUUUUCGUCAAUUUGUACCAGGACAAAAGUAACAUGUCAUUUUCUUGAAGUUGAGAAUGUGCACUCUCAAUUUACUGCUAGUGAAGUUCAAGUUUUUA